CCAAGCAGUGAUUUCCAAGCCCCACAGGAAUAGCAAGGUUUUCACAGGAAAAUGUGUGAAUGCAGGAGCUCAGAGGCAGCAGGGAGCCAGCAGCCUACAGAGCCACCACAAUCCGCCUUCAUCCCUGGGCCUUUCUGAACACGAUGUCCUCACCUGCCACCAGCAAUGGGGUGUUCGUUGUCAUCCCUCCCAGCAACACUAGCGGCCUCCGCCCACCUCCAGCCAUUCUGCCCACCUCCAUAUGCCAGCCUCCGGGGAUCAUGCAGUUCGAGGAGUCACCACUGGGGGCGCAGGCACCCAGGGCCACUCAGCCACCUGAUCUAAGACCCAUGGAGACGUUCCUGACUGGAGAGCCCAAAGCUUUAGGGACCGUGCAGAUCCUCAUUGGCCUCAUCCACCUGGGCUUCGGGAGCGUGCUGCUCAUGGUCCGCCGCGGCCACCAGGGGAUGCUCUUCAUCGAAGGUGGCGUCCCCUUCUGGGGAGGAGCCUGCUUCAUCAUCUCUGGGUCCCUCUCAGUGACAGCUGAGAAGAAUCGCACCAGCUGCCUGGUGAGGAGCAGUCUGGGGACCAACAUUCUCAGUGCCAUGGCAGCCUUCGCUGGAACGGCCAUCCUUCUCAUGGACUUCGGUGUCACUAACUGGGAUGUGGGCAGAGGUUACCUUGCGGUGCUGACCAUCUUCACCAUCCUGGAGUUCUUCAUCGCCGUCAUUGCUACCCACUUUGGAUGCCAAGCCACCCGUGCCCAGGCUAACACAUCGGUGAUUUUCCUGCCCAAUGCCUUCAGCACGGAUUUCAACAUUCCCAGUCCAGCAGCCUCUCCGCCCCCUGCCUAUGACAAUGUGGCAUAUGCCCAAGGAGUCGUCGGAGUAAUUGAUCACAACUCCUCUCCUGCAGGUUGGAGUCCAAGGUUCCCACUCUGGACCCAGCCUUUCCACGCACACCUUGCUCAUCCUGGGACGGCCCUUCCCCAGCUAGCCCCUCCAAGCCACAUGCACUAUGGCACUGAGUGAAGAGUUCCAUCUGCUCCCCAUUUCCCCCAGUUGUGUCUCUCCAAAAAGACACAAGGCUCCAGGGUACGUCCCUCAGCCCCUUGAGCCUUGUCACCUGCCAUAGAUGGUUCCUCUGUACUGCUCUCUGCUCACCCUGGGAAAUCCUGGGUCUCACAGAGGUUUCCCAGGUUUGAGCCCUCAAGGUCAUUAAACUCAGAGAACUCAGAUGUUCCAUAAUGGACUGGAAUUGGCCCUGGCAUUUUGUAGAGGGGCAUAGCUCUGGUCCACCACACAGCAAGGCAGUGGGCCUGAACUCAAGGCUCCUGGCCCCAAGACAAGCUCUGUUCUUUGCCAUCUGCUGCUACAUCUUUGGGCUUCUACUUCCUAGCUGGAAACUGAGGUUGUUCUAGCACCUGUGGCUCUGAUGUCCUUGGGGUCUACCCCAGGCAUUGUCCCCCAUUCUCUCCAGAAACCCUCCUUUUCCUUAUCUGUAAUAUGGAGUGGGUAUUGACUACUGUCCCACCCACGUCCAUAGGAGAGGAAGUUGCAGAGGAGGCUGAAGCCAGACCGCUAUGCCACCCAGGUCACCAUAGACAGGUGCACAGCAAAAGUGGCCUCCCCGAUCCCCUGUACCUUUCAGCACUCCAUACCUCACCCCUGCCUGAAGAGCAAGGGUACCCCUGAGAGUCACCAUGGGAACCAAGCUGAGUCCCCAAAAGGAUAAGAAGAACCUUCAGUCUGAUGUUCUUAAGCCCUGGCAUACAGCUUGUCUUAUGCAUGCCAUGGAGGAAAAUAAACAGUGUGACUUAGACUUUGA